AAUUCACGUGCUUGUUCCCUUCCUUGAAGGCGGUGUCUGCUCGUUCACCGCCGGCCGAGAGGCUUGUUGUUGUUAUUGUUGUUUGUGGAAAAGUAUUAAAAAAAAUAUUCCUCCAAAAUGGGAACUCGAGAUGACGAAUACGACUAUUUGUUCAAAGUCGUGCUAAUCGGAGACUCCGGAGUGGGGAAGAGUAACCUGCUGUCCCGUUUCACAAGAAAUGAGUUCAACCUGGAAAGUAAGAGCACCAUCGGGGUGGAGUUUGCCACCCGCAGCAUCCAGGUGGACGGCAAGACGAUAAAAGCUCAAAUCUGGGACACAGCUGGACAGGAGCGCUACAGAGCCAUCACCUCAGCGUAUUAUCGGGGUGCAGUCGGCGCUCUCCUAGUUUACGACAUCGCAAAGCACCUGACGUAUGAGAACGUGGAGCGCUGGCUGAAGGAGCUGAGGGACCACGCCGACAACAACAUCGUCAUCAUGCUGGUCGGAAACAAGAGCGACCUCCGUCACCUCAGAGCCGUGCCCACUGACGAGGCGAAGGCAUUCGCAGAAAAGAACACUAUUUCGUUUAUUGAAACUUCAGCGUUGGACUCCACUAAUGUAGAAGAAGCUUUCAAGAGCAUUCUCGCAGAAAUCUACCGUAUUGUAUCUCAGAAGCAAAUAUCCGACAGAUCUGGACACGAUGAUUCUCCAGGAAACAACGUAGUGGACAUAAGCGUCCCUCCAACCAUGGACGGGCAGAAAGGCAACAAACUCCCGUGCUGCCAAAGCCUGUGAACCUCUUGUUUGCUUUUCCUGUGUGACUUUCUGUCAACCUUCCUCUCCUUACCUCUGCUUUACUUCAGAUGUCAUGCUGCUGGUUCAGAAGUCUCUGGCACCAAGACUCUUAUACUUGACAUUCCUUUUUGCUGUUUUCUCUGUUUGUCUUCCUCUAAUCUCAGAAGAACCUUUCUAAAAUACUUUUCGACCAGUAAUAACAGACCGGAGACGGAGUGUAAGGCUAUUAGGAGGUCGAUCCCGAAGCUGUAGGAAGCUGCAUUUUCUUUAUAAUCCACUAAAUUAUGAUUCUUUUGACCCACUCCUGGUGAAGGAAUGGUGAGGGAUCAGCAGAUCUGCAUAUCAGUGCGCCAAGUUCUUUCUACUUACAACCUUUUCUCAGCUAAAAACAUGAUCUUCCAUUGUGGAAUCACAGUUUUACGUCGGUUGAACUGAUUCUACCUGUCUUACAAGUGUAGAAGAGGAGAUAAGCAGAAGGCACAUUGGGAGUACUGAUGUGUUCUCUGGAGUUUGUGGUUGCCUCUUUAAUUUGAAUCAUUGCUCUUUGGUCCCUUUUUGCCCCCCCUGUGGCAUGAAAUUAGCACGAGUCAGGGACCAGACUGGCCGUGACUGACUGACUUAUCAUGGGCAAGUGUGAAACAAAUGGCGUGUUUUUAUCUGUUUGCGCAUACGUGUGAAUGUGUGUGUGUUAAUCUUAGUGUGCAAAGAUACCAAAGGAAACAGAUGCAAUCAAGAAUCAGCUCUGGGGUUUCUCUUUCAAGCGUGUUCAGGGCUGCAUGUGAGGUUGCAGGUUAUUGCUGUAAUGAACAAGUCCAGGAUAUUUGCACAGGAGAGGCGGCGUUAUGCAUGUGAUGUGUGAUUUAUUCUUUGUGGAAUCAGAGUGUCUGCCUUUUUGUUCCUUUCUUGAGUUAGCUCAGGUCAAAUUCAAACUGUCUCAAAAUGAAAAUCUUUUUUGCACUAAUGUCCAAUAAUUUCAGUGGAACAAAUCACCUAUUUUUUACACAGCUAACAUUUUCAUGGUGGUUAUAAGGGAAACGGUGUUGACAGAAAGGGGAAAAAAUGCACAAAAUGCGGUGCCUUUUUCCUUUAAGCAACAUUUUCCUUUGCUGUCAUUUGAAUGUGGGAUCUGUCAGAGGGGAACAGAUACAGAUGUGUGUAAUGAGAGCACAUUUUAAAUGGAAAAUCAAUUAAAAACACUGUUUCACUCCAGCCACUUUAACGGUUGUUAGCUGAGAAAAUGGAACUGAAAAUCACAAAUGCAAAUUGUUUGUGUCAUGGGAUGAAAUGCUUCUCUGCAUGACUUAUUCCAAAACAUUUCGAUAUUACUUUUAAAAAAACAUGUACAGUGAGCAGACGUGUUUGUUUUGCUGCCUUCGCGUUACACAGAACAUUUCGGAGCAUCAAUAAAGUUAAUUCACAUGA